CCAAACAAAUCGUGACUCUUUUCCCUUUCACCAAACGGUCCAAACCUUCUCUUCUUUUGCACUCAUUGGUGUGCAUCACAAAGCAGAGCAGUAGAAAGAAGAAAAAAAAAAGGCAAAGAAAUAAUUAAAAUAAGCAAAACAGAGGGCAAUCCAGCUAGCCAUGCCAUGUCUGAGGUCUGAGCAAGCCCACAGAAUUUCUUUUAUUUUUUUAUGAGGAAAUUUUUGAUGGAAAGUUCUGGGAUUUUUUUCUCGGGAACCAAACAAGGCUGAUCUGUAUUUAAUUCCGAGUGGGUGUUCGACUUCGUGAUUGAAUAUGCAGAACCGUGACGCUAAUCCUUCCCGGGGUUGGGGCUUUGCUUGAGAGAUCUCAGCUUGGACGUGUAUAAAUGCAGCACUGUAGAUACGUUCCGCCUUGGCUCUCUCAUCUUCUCGCAUGCAUGGGAGCAGAGGCUGCCUUGGAUGCUAUACUAAUCAUGAACUAAUUAUCGCGGUGGAUGAACCAUCGAAGGGGCUGAAAAUUCAAGGUCAAUCUGUGAAGAAACCUAGUGUAUCAGAGGAUUUCUGGAGCACCAGCACUUGUGAAAUGGACAACAGUGCAGUUCAGUCCCGGAGAAGCAUCUCAUCCAUCAGCGCAUCAAACCCAGUCCUUGAUCCCCAGGGUUGUACUGGCAGCGUGAGCAACCCUUCCGAAUUUAUAAAUCACGGUCUGCUUCUGUGGAACCAGACAAGGCAGCAGUGGCUUGGAAACAAAAGGUUGCAGAGCCAUCGACAAGGUCGAGAACCCAGAAUAAGUUGGAAUGCAACUUAUGAGAGUCUACUCGCGACCAACAAGCCUUUUCCGCAGCCCGUCCCCCUGCCUGAAAUGAUAGAUUUCCUUGUAGAUAUCUGGGAGCAGGAGGGUUUGUAUGAUUGAGCACCCAAAACUCCAAAAUUUUCCUGUCCUUUAUAUUGUUUUUCUUUUGGUUUUUUGAAGUCCCCAUUUGUGCUAAUUAUAUACAGGUGCUACUGUACAUUUUAUAUUCUUGUUCAUCUCCCCUGCUUAGAUUCUUUAUGAAGGAGCCAACACGAAAUGCAUUACAGUAGAGUAUCUA